AUGGACAGUGCACUUGAAAGAUUACAAACAUUAUCAUGUCAUUUGGAAUCGAAUGAUACUGCAUCGCUAAUUCAAUCGGUUAGAACUGCAGCCACUGCCGAUUGGCGUUUGCCUGUGCUCGAUGCCGACAAGGUCGACAAGUUGAAGGAAGUGUUGCUCGGACAUCCAAAACCAGAGGAGCAGGUACGUGAAACCAAACAAAAGUUGUACGAGUUGAUGAAAGAUCCAAUCUUCAGACCACAUCCCUAUGCCAAUGUACCGGAGCAACGUGAUUUGACUCUGAAGCGUUUGAAGAUGGUCGCAUCACUCGGUAUUCUAAAGAUGGGUGAAGUCGCUGAGCAAUUCAAGCGAUUCGUUGCUUUCCAAGAGUCGUUGGUUCUCUCCGACAUGUCGUUGGCCGUCAAGUCGUCGGUGCAAUGGGGUUUGUUUGCCGGAUCGAUUGUAUUCCUCGGUACAGACAAGCAUAAGAAGUACUACCAAGACACCGAUUGUCUUAAUAUCCUCGGUUGUUUCGCCCUGACCGAACUCGGUCACGGUAGCAAUGUCAAGGGUGUCGAAACACUGGCAGAGUACGACCAUUCCACUCGUGAGUUUGUCAUUCACACUCCGAACGACUCUGCUCAGAAGAUGUGGAUCGGUAACGCCGGACAACACGGUACUUACGCCACUGUCUUUGCCAACCUGGUUGUCAAAGGCGAGAAUCACGGACUGCAUCCGUUCCUCGUGCAAAUUCGUGAUCCAAAGACUGGCCAAACUCUGGCUGGCGUGACAUGCGCCGACUGCGGACCAAAGAUGGGUCUUAACGGUGUCGACAACGGUCGUAUCUGGUUCAACCGCGUCAGAAUCCCAUACGACAAUCUCUUGAACCGUUUCGGUGAUGUCAACAAAAAGGGAGAAUACACAACAAUGAUAAAGAAUCCGAAUGUCCGUCAGAACUCAAUGUUGGAAGCGUUGAUCGGUGGUAGAGUCACUGUCUCCUCGAUGGCGUUGAAUGCAUCGAAGCUCGGUCUCACCAUUGCUGUUCGCUACGCUUUGCAACGUCGUCAAUUCGGUAAUCCCGAGGAGUUGCUCAUCGAUUAUCUCUCGCAUCAACGUCGUCUCUUCCCUUUGAUAGCGGCCACCUAUGCCUACCAGAUCAGUGUGCACUACGUCAUCUCUAGAUUCUCCAACCGUACCGAGAAAGACGCGCGUGACGUCUUCCUCUUGGCGUGUGGAUUCAAAGCGGCGUCGACCUGGCAUCGUUCCGACACUCUUCAGAUCUGUCGUGAGGCAUGCGGUGGAUUUGGUUUCGCGGCGAGUUCGCGUAUCGGAAUCUACAAGUCCGACGCCGAUGUCGAUCUCACCUACGAGGGAGACAACACCGUCUUGAUGCAAGCGGUUGCCAAGGCACUGCUGGUCGAGUUCAAAUCGUAUUUCACCGGCACCAAAGCAAUCACUGGAAUGCUGAGCUACACCUACUCCAAAGGACACAUCGGUAUCUUUUUGCGUAACAAAAACUUCUUUGUCAAGCGAUUGCACACCGAGUCGCAUUUGCUCGACGCCGAGAUGCUAUUGGAUGCAUUCAUCUACCGUGAGUUCAAGCUGUUGCGUCAACUCGUUAAAUCGCUACGUACCAAAGUCAAGAAUGAAAAGAUGUCCGGUGCUAAAGCAUGGAAUUCCUGCUUGGAUCUCGUUCACAAACUUGCCAUCUCAUACGUUGAGCGUGUCACCAUCGAGAAAUUCCUAGAGGAAAUUCAAAAGUCUGACGAAGGUAUCAAACCAAUCUUGAGUUUAUUAUGUAUUUUAUUUGCUUUAACUAAAAUUGAAGGUGAUAUGGGAUGGUUCCUUUCAAAUAAAUAUUUUGCACCAGUCAAGGCACAAGCUAUUGAGAAUGCAAUCAAUAAGGUUUGUGGUGCUUUAAGAGAGCAUGCACUCCCAUUGGUCAAUGCAUUCGAUAUUCCAGAACAUCUUAUUAGUGCUCCGAUUGCUGGUGACUAUGUAGCUCAUUUCUCUGAUCCAAAGAACUAUUAG